GGUAGCUUCCGGAAGUUCUUGUGAAGGCGCUGCGGGAGGAGCAAGAUGGCGUCCCCCAGGACCGAUUCGAGAUAUUCCACUUUUAACCAAGGAGUAGAGCCGGGAAAUGCGGAGGGGAUGCGGGAAAAGGGAGUCCCCGGGGAAGACGUUGAGAUGGAACGUGUGGACGGGGGAAGAGAUCCCGGCCGGGGGGCUGUCACGGAGGAGAGGAAGGGAGAGGACAGCGAGGUCCUCGAAAGAGCUUUGAAGGAGGCCGAGCGCCUGGGGAGCCGGGGGGGUUCGGGAAGCCGGACCACGUCAGAUGUCAGCGGCCCCCUCCUGGAGAUGUUCACGGCCAUCAGCGGCAGCCACGUGGCCAUCCGCAGCCAGCAGGUGGGCGAGCCGGAGUUUAGCCGCGAGCAGAAGACGGCCAUGCUGCUCGAGCUCUACGACUCCAAGCCCCUCGUCUUCCUGGAGCGAUUCCGCAAGGUGCUGAGAGAGGAGCAUUUAGUGUGUUUCAGCCACCUCGGCGGGGACUACGCCGCCGACUACUACUUUAAGGAGAUCCGCAAGGCCUCGCUCAACAAGGUUAAUCGCACCCGAAUCCGGAACAAGAGGUACGCGGCUCUCCAGCAGCUUAUCGCGGCGGGGGAGUAUUUCAGUGACGAGCAGAUGCGCGCCCGUGACCCCCUCAUGUAUGAGCAUUACGUGGGGCAGUACCAGAGCGAGGAGGAGAUCAUGGCCCAGAACAGCAAGGACUUGGCCCAGGCCAGCAGCCUCUCCGACGUUCUCCUCAACUCCUGCCAGGAACAGACCUUACAGAGGAGGCUGCGGGCCCAGCGGGAGACGGAGGACAGCUGCAUGGAGGAGGAGGAAGAGGAAGAGGACGGCGAAGAGGAAGAGUCCGAGCUGUGUGAGGCGGAGAGGCCGCCGGUGGACGGUGAGGAGCGAGCCUUGAUGCGGGAGGAAUUCGUCAGCCGCAUGCACCAGAGAUUCCUGGACGGGGAGGAGCGAGACUUUGAUUACAGUGAAAUCGAUGAUAACCCGGAUUUUGAUAAUUUGGAUAUUGUUACUCAUGAUGAAGAGGAGCGUUACUUCGAUGAUGAUGAUGAUGAUGAUGAUGAUGAUGAUGACACAGAGGAGAUGGGAGGAGUCUCUGACAUGUUAGAGAAUGAAACAUUAAAGGGAAUUAGUGAGUGAGC